AUGGCAAAACUUAGAGAACUUUACUGGAUUAUCCGUACCAAUGCAAGUGUCCGCCAGGUUCUACAAAGAUGUGUCAUUUACAGAAAAAUGAGAAACCCUGUUCUAAACCAGAAGAUGACUGAUUUACCAUCGGGAAGAGUAAUUCCAGCUGCUCCAUUCACACACACAGGUGUUGACUUCUUUGGGCCACAGGAAGUCAAAGAAGGAAGGCAAAUCAGGAAGAGGUACGGUGUAUUAUUUACUUGCUUGUCUUCAAGAGCAAUUCAUGUAGAGACAGCCAAUUCCUUAGACACAUCGUCUUUCAUAAAUGCUUUAAGAGGGUUUGAUGCUAGAAGAGGAAAUGUAAGGAAGAUUUGGUGUGACAAUGGGACAAAUUUUCAUGGAGCCGAGAAGGAGUUGAGGAAGUCGCUGCAAGAGAUGAAUGAUGAUCAGAUCAGAGCUUUCCUCUCAAAAGAAAGCAUCAGCUGGACCUUCAAUCCCCCUACAGCUAGUCAUAUGGGAGGUGUGUGGGAACGUCAGAUUAGAACUGUGAGAAAGGUCUUGACUCCUCUCUUCAAAGAACAUGCUGGACGACUGGAUGAUGAGAGUUACCGCACUCUUCUCACAGAAGUUGAGGCUAUAGUGAAUGACCGUCCAUUGACCACAGUCAAUGAUAGUCCAGAUGACUUACAACCACUCAGUCCAGCACAGCUUCUCACACAGAAAUCAAGUGUUGUGAUGCGACCACCUGGUGUUUUUCAGAAAGGAGAUAUGUAUCUGAGACAGAGGUGGCGAUAUGUUCAAUUCUUGGCUAACUUAUUCUGGACUAGAUGGCAAAGAGAAUAUUUAUCAACAUUACAAGAGAGACAGAAGUGGAACAAGGAAAAGCGACACCUUCAAGUUGGUCAUAUUGUCCUUGUAAAAGAUGAUAAUCAGUUAGGAGUAAAUGGAUGA